AUGGUUCGUCCAAAUGUCGGUGUUUCUCGGGACGUAGUGAAGUUUUGCAAAUCUCUACAGGCUCGUGGUUGCUCAGCAAAGUGGGAUUGGGCGAAGGUUCUUGAAGUACUGCAGUCAGAUGGGCAAUGUGGAAAUGCGUUCCUUAGGGUAUGUGAAGCUGGAGUUUACCAUAUGAUGUAUUGCCGUCCUGUGGGCAAGAAUACUACUAUGUGCAAGAAAUUGCACCCACUGGAUGUCCGCAUGUUGGAGUAUGUAGGCGCUUGCUUUUCGCGUUUAAUGCUUGCUGGCACUGUCUCCAAUCGUGUAGAUAAGUUUGGAGUGUUGCUUCAACAAGUAAUCUCCACACUCUUGGACGCUGCUAUCAGUGCAUUCAAACUGUCGGGCUUUAAUUCGUCUGCUUUAGAACCUCUAUUAUCACUUCGAGAUCCGAAGUCGGAGUUGUUACCUCAUUUGCUUCCGAUGGAUAACAUCGAUUUUUCGAAUAAACUCGGGUUGGCCUUGUGCAGGAUGCACAUCCUUUCCAGCAUUCUUAGGAGUACUUUUGAAUGCGGGUCAACCACUGUACUCCCUGUUUGCCUUCCGUAUAUGUGUUUUGCCUUUUGUGCGAUAUUUUCCACAAACAUAUGCGAUUCUCGCUACUCAUCGUCUCCCUUGAUUAUCUGUGCUAAACAUCUCCUCCAUUCAUUUUGCGUUGUCGUCCGGUCCUGCGGAAUUAACAUUUCUCCAGGUGCUCCCCCUCUUGUGACUUGUUUGAUUUAUCAACUGGAAUGGUCUUCCCAGUUUGCUCAGUCGCGUCCAUCCAAGGAUUCAUUAACCUACAAGUUGGCUGUUUAUCGCUGCCUCUCCUCGAUUCUUGACGUAACUGGCCAGGCCCCAUCCUCGUCUCUCAUCCGACUUACUUCCCGGAUAAUUUCGAGUGUAUGUUUUGACAUAUCCCUCGCAGCUGGAGGUAGUCUAUUCCAAUCUCUUACUCCUAGUACAGAAGAUUUAAGCAAUUAUGAACUCCAUGUUUGCUGUGUUGCUGCCUCCAUUCGUCUAAUUGAACUGCUCUUCGUCAACCAUUCCUUCAUAUUAAUGCAUUCACUGGGUAGAAUCAAUAAUCAUCCAUUCAGACAAGAUAAUGGCUUCAGCGACUAUAAGAUCAAACAGGCUCUCCUCUCUUUAUCCUCCGAACUUCAUAAACUAGCCGUGCGCCUUGUUAAUCUCCUUAACAAGCCAAAUAAUUUGACGCCACUGGAACAGGUUCUAGUGAAACCACACUUUCUCAUACCCUUCCUGAAUGCAGCAAGCGCUGUUCAAGGCUAUGGAUUUCUAUUUUCCAAAUCAAAUGCCUUGCACGAACUAUCAAAAGUUCUAUUAAGACACGACGACCCUCUGGUCCGGAUUAAUGCAGAGCGCUAUCAUCGAUACACAUUCGUGAACCCUGCUCCCUUAACCCUCACAAAAUCAAACCUCUGUGAUGGCAGCUCCGUUUCUUCAUUCACUCAAACUGAACAAUCGUUCGGACCUUUUGCUUUGAUACAGGAGGAGAAAGACCAUGUGACUCCUUUUGAAGUAACGCAAGAACAGGCACAACAAAUUCACGAACCUGGGGUCGCAAACACAACGUCCAAACCUAGCAACUAUGUUUCAAUAGCGAGAGCCGAGACGACAAGCGAAAAUACUUGUGAGAUACCAUUUCAAGAAACGGACAGACCCUUGACUCCUCCGAAGGAAAGUUCUUUAGUUGAAACACUCGCAGUCUCGAAAGGAGGAAAAAGACGCGUAAGCUCAGAUGACUCUCCUCCGAUUUCCGCUAAGAAGGCGACCCAGGAUAUCGCGACUCAGAGGUCAAAUCAAGAAACAGUUUCUCUUCCAGAAUCAUGUUCCAAAAAGCUUAAUACACCUGAGGAGGGCUCGCCAUCGAUUCAGGAUGUUUUGUAUACAUUUGAUGACACGCUAAUAUAG